AUGGAAGGUAACGUCAUCCACGCACCAGAUACACCUAAAAACUUCCCCCGACCAUCCAUAUUCCUCGCCGGAACCACAACACCACUUCCCAAUGGCGACAACUGGCGCAAAAACCUCGUCAACCGCCUAGCCAACUCCAAAAUCACAUUCCUCGACCCUACCCGCAAGGACUGGGAUGAGACUUGGAAAGAGGACGCCUCCGACCAGCGCUGGGCGGACCAAGUCGACUGGGAAAUGAAAAUGCGGGAAACGGCAGACAUAGUUGUAGUCUUUUUCCAUGGCAGUACACUCGCGCCGAUCAGUCUGCUGGAAUUGGGGCUAAGCGCCAAGUCAAGAAACGUCAUUGUCUGUGCAAUGCCAGGUUAUCAGAAACGGGGAUAUGUGGAGGCUGUCUGCAAGUUGCAUAAAUGUACAUUGGUUACGAGUGAGGAGGAGUUGGUGUCGGCCGUGAAGGAGAAGUUUGGGCUUCACUAUGAGCUCUGGAUGCGAAAAGGGGAUGACAAAGUGAAGAUGAGCGACUUGGUCGAUUUUGUCCCUGAGUAUCCUUGA